AUGGAAGCCGCCUGGAUUUCAAAGAACUAUGGUGACGAUACCUACAAUGCACUUGCAUCCGGGUCCUCGAUAGAAAACUUACUCAUGGAAGCAAGAAGGAUAAAGUACGACGUCAUCGGCCUGGCCGAGACGAGAAGACGCCAGCCUUUCACCGCCGUCUAUGACACCGGAGAAGAACUGUUCCUUGGAACGUGCGGCAGUAGAGGAGUCGGUGACGCCGGCGUUCUCAUCAACACGAGUUUGUCCGUGAACAUCGAUCCAUUCGAACAACUUACAAUCCGAGUCGAACGAUUACGAUUGAAAAGACUUGGACCAAUUCCGGUUUUGAUAAUCUUCGUCAUUUACGCGCCGACAACAAACUAUGACGAAAGAAGAAGUCGAAGCGUUCUAUAUGGACUUGGAGAAGUUCUACAGAGAAAACCACGCAUUCUUUAA